GCCGGGCUCCUUGCAAGGUGGGGCCUCAGGGUGGUGCGCGUGGGUGUGACGUCACUUCGUGCGCCGCAUCCUGUUGCCGGGCAGCAAUGGAGCCUUCUCUGGAGGCCUCGGUGGAGGACCCAUUGGAGAACUUUGUGCGAAUUUUGGAGAAGAGAGAUGGCACGGUGCUACGACUGCAGCAGUAUGGCUCCGGAGGCGUGGGUUGCGUAGUAUGGGACGCUGCCAUUGUUCUUUGUAAAUACCUGGAAACGCCUGGGUUUUCCGGUGAUGGGGCCCACACGCUGAUCCGGCAGUCAGUGCUGGAGCUGGGCUCCGGAACCGGGGCUGUGGGGCUCAUGGCCGCUACCCUUGGGGCAAAUGUUGUAGUCACCGAUCUUGAGGAAUUGCAAGACUUGCUGAAGAUAAAUAUUAAUAUGAACAAGCAUCUUGUUACUGGUUCUGUUCAAGCCAAGGUACUGAAAUGGGGAGAAGAAAUAGAAGACUUUCCUUCUGCUCCAGACUACAUACUGAUGGCCGACUGCAUAUACUAUGAAGAGUCUUUGGAGCCGCUAUUGAAAACUCUAAAAGAUCUCAGUGGAUCUGAGACUUGUAUUAUAUGUUGUUAUGAACAGCGAACAAUGGGAAAAAAUCCAGAAAUCGAGAAAAAAUAUUUUGAGCUCCUUCAACUAGACUUUGACUUUGAAAAAAUUCCUUUGGAAAAACAUGAUGAAGAAUAUCGAAGUGAAGAUAUUCAUAUUUUAUACAUCAGAAAGAAAAAAUCGAAAUUUCCAUCGUGAAAUUUUUAGUCAUCUUACCCAAGCUUCUAACAGCCUGGGUAAGCUAAAGAUGUGAAUGGAGCAUGUGAAUAUAGCAUGCGAAGAUUGUGUUCACAGAUUUUUCCGGCAUAUCCUUAGAGAUCUGAUAUAUAGACAACAACCGUCAUGGGCUGCCUGCAAAAUGAAAAAUGACUGCCUGCCUGCCAAUGGGCCUGAAAUCCAACUUAGUUUACUUUUAGCUCAGCAUCAAGUUCUGCUUAAAAGAAACAUUGUGUAUUAGUCACUCCUCAAAUAAAAAUAGGUAUUGAGGUUAGCCUAAGGUCUGCCAAAAAUAAACAGUGAAGCAACAUGGUUG